GUUUUUGUUUUGGGUUGAAGUUGAGGCCGGAGGAGACGCCGCGGCGGCGGGCGGAGGCCGCGGAGCCCCGGCGCCCCCUUCCCCCCCCCCUCCCCCUGCCGAGCCGGCCCCGCCCGCCCGCUGCCUCGGCCCCGCCAUGCGGAGGGAGAUGAACGGGGUCACUAAGAGCCGCUUUGAGAUGUUCUCAAACAAUGAUGAAGCUGUGAUCAACAAAAAACUUCCAAAAGAGCUGCUGCUUCGAAUUUUCUCUUUCUUGGAUGUGGUCACUCUGUGUCGUUGUGCUCAAGUUUCCAGGGCAUGGAAUGUUCUGGCCCUGGAUGGCAGUAACUGGCAGCGAAUUGACCUGUUUGAUUUCCAGAGGGAUAUUGAGGGCCGAGUAGUUGAGAAUAUUUCUAAAAGAUGUGGGGGUUUCUUGCGGAAGUUAAGCCUACGUGGCUGUCUAGGAGUGGGAGACAACGCGUUAAGGACAUUUGCACAGAACUGCAGAAACAUUGAAGUACUGAACCUAAAUGGCUGCACCAAGAUCACAGAUGCUACAUGCACCAGUCUUAGUAAGUUCUGCUCUAAGCUCAGGCACCUUGAUUUGGCUUCCUGCACUUCCAUAACCAACUUGUCUCUGAAAGCACUGAGUGAGGGAUGCCCACUGCUGGAACAGCUGAAUAUCUCCUGGUGUGACCAAGUGACUAAGGAUGGCAUCCAGGCUCUGGUGAGAGGUUGUGGGGGACUCAAAGCCCUGUUUCUGAAAGGCUGCACGCAGCUUGAGGAUGAAGCUCUCAAGUACAUUGGUGCACAUUGUCCCGAACUGGUGACUUUAAACCUUCAAACAUGCUUACAAAUAACAGAUGAUGGUCUCAUUACAAUAUGCAGAGGAUGCCACAAGUUACAAUCCUUGUGUGCUUCAGGCUGCUCUAACAUUACAGAUGCCAUCUUGAAUGCGCUGGGACAGAACUGUCCAAGGCUUAGAAUAUUAGAAGUUGCAAGGUGUUCUCAACUAACAGACGUGGGCUUUACUACCCUAGCUAGGAACUGCCAUGAGCUUGAAAAAAUGGACCUAGAAGAGUGCGUUCAGAUAACAGACAGCACACUAAUCCAACUUUCCAUACACUGUCCACGGCUUCAGGUUCUGAGCUUAUCCCACUGUGAACUGAUCACGGACGAUGGGAUUCGUCACUUGGGAAACGGUGCCUGCGCACAUGACCGCUUGGAGGUGAUCGAGCUGGACAACUGCCCUUUGAUCACAGAUGCCUCCCUGGAGCACCUGAAAAGCUGCCAUAGCUUGGAGAGGAUAGAACUGUACGACUGUCAGCAAAUCACACGAGCAGGAAUCAAGAGACUCAGGACCCAUUUACCCAAUAUUAAAGUCCAUGCCUACUUCGCUCCUGUGACUCCACCUCCUUCGGUUGGGGGCAGCAGACAGCGCUUCUGCAGAUGUUGCAUCAUCCUAUGACACUGGAAGUGGUCAUCAUUGCAAACUGAGUAUUUAAUUACACUUGUAGAAUUACGGUGGACACCAGUAUCUUCAAGGAAAGUGAUACCAGUGUCAUUUGCAAGGGCCAGUUAAAGGGCCUGUGGUGCCAGGCCCUGUAGCCACCCAUACACAUGCAUAUACACACCCCACCUGUUCCAGCAAACUGAUGAACUCUGUGAUACGGGCGCUGGAGCUGUGUUGGCUUCUUCUGUAGGUGGAUUGGUAUAAUUCUGAACCAUUCCUACUGGGCAUGCUCAGAUGAAAUCCUUGUGGUGUAAGGAGGGGAGGUUUUUGCAAACCCAAAAUGACUGUUGCUGCUGUUAAAGUUGUUAGUAACAGAAAUUCUUUGAAAUGGGGAGAGGGAGAGAAAGGAAACACGCUUUAACCCUACAUUCACUGUUCAGGAAAAAAAAACAAAAAACAAGUCUUGUGCCCAUGUUCAGUGAGGGAAUGAAACAGCAGCCGUUAUGAGACAUGAUUUACUUGUGCUUCUCUACUUCCCAUUCCCUGCGGACCACCCUGAGCAUGCUCACAUUGAAGGUUCAUCUGUUUCUUCUGUGUUUUGUAGCAUUCAGCUCAGAGGCUUCCUAGAUUGUUGUGAUAUAGCUUGAAAUCUGUAAUGUCAGGCUCAGUUUUUUUUACCUUCCCCACAUCCUGCUUUAUUUCUUUUUUUACAGAUUUCUAAUUCAGUAUUUUUUUGAGAUUUACCAAACAAGUUACGAAUCAGUAAUUUUAAAAAAGGGGGGAAAAAAAAAAGUUCUCUUUACCAUUAGAAGCCUGAGCCUGAGAUGACCUUUUAGGAAGACAUUAAACAGAAAGUGAGCUGAACUGCAGGCUAGGCUCUCACAGGCAUCUUGGCCUGUUUUUUUUUUUUUUUUUUAAACCGGUGAUUGGGUUUCUGAAUUUGUUUUGCAUUUCAGGUUUUACCCCAGUGAUGAAAAUACAACUUUUGAUAUAGGGGGCAAAUUAUAGUCUCUAUUCCAGUGACUGUAAGUUCCCUACUCUUUCUGCCUUUCCCUCCCACCCUUCUUCCUACCCCCAAAGGAACAGCAAAGUAGAGUCUUUUUUGCUUAUUGCCCUGGUCAAGAAAUAAUGACUCACUAAUUGAAGCAGAAGGAACAGCGGGCCUGAAAAUGUCCUCGAUUACUGUCCCAUUCUCACAGUGAGAUGUGAGCGCUGGGUGGUUUUGCAGACUUUUGCAUCUUCCACAGGUAAGUGUCUUGCCCGGGAGAAGGAACCAUCUGAAUGAAAUGGGGGGGUUUACUGUGUGCCAGUUCCUCCCAGCUGUCAGGGUAUGUGUUCAUAGAAGCUGCUUUUGAGGCAUUUCAGGCAAGAUUAAUCCAGGUGCUUCAAAGGAAUAGAGGCAGCCUGAGCCAGCUCUGUGAAUGCCUGGUUCCUUGACGCUGGCAGUUCCAGCUGCCCAGUAUGAAACAUGUGAACAGAUGGGCUGACGCCAAGGGUUUAAUGGGGCAGAACUUGGUCAAACUGUAACAGGUUUGUGGAAGAUGAGCUGAUGUGUAAGUAAUUGCGCUCUUCCUGCUGUCUGCACCCUGGGAUAAAAGGGGGAGCACAUGUUUAUGGAGGUUCUCAUCUGACCGAGACAAAGAGGAGCAAGUCUGUUUAAUUAGCUUAGCUGCCAGCAGCCAAGGAAGUGGUACUUCACCUUUAUGCUGAAUAAUAAAAAGAUGGGGAAGAGCUGGCUGAAGCACUAGGAAUGGCCAUUUUAGCGCUGUGGGCUUUUUUCUACUGCGGGUUUGCUUUGAGGACCAUGUUGUUGCUUCCAACCCUCUUAGCACUGUCUGAGCUAUUCAGGCAGCCAGAAGGGCUGGUUAGUACCACAGGAGCAGUAUCCGCUUCGUCUACAACGUGAUUUCCCCACCCCAUCAAGAUGCGCUUAACAAAGUCUUGCAGAUGUGCAGUCUGCUGGGAAGAAAUCCAAUAUGCUGUGUUUAAAAGGAUACUGUCAAUUCUUUUCCUAUAGAUUGCUUUUAACCAGAUAUAUUUAUUCAAAUCCUCUUUAGCGCUGUGGUUUCUCUCUCCUCAAUGAGCCUGUUCUUAUACUUCAUUUGCAGAACUCCUUUCUCCGAUUUUCAGGGUGGCAGAAGAUAAUGGAGCUUCCCAUGGUAACAGACUGACUAUCUGAAUGGGCGGGUGCGCCUCGGGCAGAGCCCGGCAAUCACAGUAUUUGCACAACUCUGGGAAAAAACACUUUGGUUAGUUUAUAUUGUGGCAGGGGAGAGCUGAAAUUGGUUUUUAAGCUAGGGUAUAGUUGACUGACUGAUCUUUGUAACAGAGCAGUUUUCAAGGGAAAACACAAGAAUACAGAACCCAAAGCAUUUUUUUUCGCACGGGAUAACAGCAUAAGGUAGCUCAAACUGUUUGACAGUGUCCUUUUAAGUCAAAAUAUCCGUCUUUAAAUGAACUCUUCCUUAUGUUUGUAUUUAUAAAUACCAAUAAACAACCAUUUUCCAA